CAGUUGAACCGCGGGACCAAUUUCGUCAACACUAUCCGGAAUUGUCAACAUGGCGGCCGCCAUAAGAUGCCUCAGUAGAGUCUUGAGACAACAUCAAAGGCAUUGUCUUUCCAAGACAGCUUACCAGGCUCCUCCUUACCCUUGCUCUGAGAAUGUUCUCUGGACUCACAGACAUUUUGCUGCUGCUGCUACAAAGCCAACGAGGAAAAUUAAGAAAGAAGGAAAAGACAAGGAAAAGAUGUCAGAUGAAAAAGCAGAUGAUAUAGAAAAGAUAAAGUCAUACACCUACAUGGAAAGUGAUCCUGAAGAUGAUGUCUAUUUAAAACGCUUGUACCCGAGGCGGAUCUAUGAGGUGGAGAAAGCUGUUGACUUACUUAAGAAGUUUCAGGUUCUGGACUUUACCAAUCCAAAGCAAGGCGUUUAUCUUGAUUUAACAUUAGAUAUGGCAUUGGGGAAAAAGAAAAAGGUGGAACCUUUUGCUAGUGUUAUCAGCUUACCCUACCCUUUUGCUUCAGAAAUCAACAGAGUUGCUGUAUUUACAGGGAAUGCCUCAGAGAUUAAAAUAGCGGAAGAGAGUGGAGCUGCGUUUGCAGGAGGAGUGGAUCUGGUUAAGAAGAUCUUGGAUGAUGAGGUUGUUGUGGACUUUUAUGUAGCUGUUCCGGAAAUAAUGACUGAACUUAACCCAUUAAGGAAGAAACUGAAAAAAAGAUUUCCAAAGGCUACUAGAAAUUCCAUUGGUCGUGACAUCCCCAAAAUGCUUGAACUAUUUAAAACUGGACAUGAAAUUAUGGUAGAUGAAGAAAGGCCGAAUUUUCUCAGCACCAAAAUAGCAACAUUGGAUAUGCCAAGUGACCAAUUAACUGCCAAUCUUCAAGCAGUUAUAAAUGAAGUCUGUAGGCACAGACCACUAAAUCUGGGUCCGUUUGUGGUACGUGCCUUCCUUCGUAGUUCAACCAGUGAGGGUUUGCUGCUCAAGACUGACCCACUGUUGCCCAAAGAAGUUGAAACCAAAGAAGCUACCUAAGAGUUGUGUUGUGAAAUUAUAGGGGGGUGGGGAUUGAAAAACAACAGAGAAAUCUAUAAAACUGUGUUGUUUCUA